AUGACCUCAUCCUCACCAUCGGCUGCAUCGACUCAGAGAACGGCAUCCUCUACCUCGGGUGAGGCAACAUCGCCGACUUCAGCGCAGAACGAUACUGUCCUCUCCAUGACCUCAUCCUCACCAUCGGCUGCAUCGACUCAGAGAACGGCAUCCUCUACCUCGGGUGAGGCAACAUCGCCGACUUCAGCGCAGAACGAUACUGUCCUCUCCAUGACCUCAUCCUCACCAUCGGCUGCAUCGACUCAGAGAACGGCAUCCUCUACCUCGGGUGAGGCAACAUCGCCGACUUCAGCGCAGAACGAUACUGUCCCCUCCAUGACCUCAUCCUCACCAUCGGCUGCAUCGACUCAGAGAACGGCAUCCUCUACCUCGGGUGAGGCAACAUUCCCGUUCGCCGACUUCAGCGCAGAACGAUACUGUCCCCUCCAUGACCUCAUCCUCACCAUCGGCUGA